UCGGCGUCUCCCCCCGCUCCCAUCUCCUCCCUCUCAUCUGGCUGCCGCUCUCCACGCUCCUGUCUCCUGGCCUCCUGUCUUCCCCAAACCUCGCGUAAACCCCCCAACUCCACGCGCAUAGACGAAAGGGGUUUGCCUUGCCGGAUGAAGACGAGGUCGCAGACGGCGCCGAAGCCUCUCAAGACGGUGGCGAUGGCUCCCAGACCGAGCAGCCCCAAGCGGAAGUCGAGGCCCAAGCCGGCGGGGAAGGGCGACCGCCGCGCACCCAAGAAGCCGCCCACCGCCUUCUUCUACUUCAUGGAGGAUUUUCGGAAGGUUUAUAAGCAAGAAAAACCAAGUGUAAAAUCAAUGCAGGAAAUAGGGAAGGCAUGCGGCGAAAAAUGGAAUACAAUGGCAUUUGAGGAAAAGGUCAAGUAUUAUGAUAUAGCUACUGAGAAACGUGCAGAAUUUGAGAAGGCGAUGAUUGAAUAUAACAAGAAAAAGAAAAACGGAGAAAUGUCUGAGGAAUCAGAUUACGACUAGAGCUGAUUAGCUGAAUAUUUAUCUGUUCCAAAUUCCUGAUGGUUCACCGUAACUGGAUGAAUCAAUCAACUGUAUAUUACGGAACUGUGAUUUGUAACUAAAUUUAUACAUACUACUAGUUGGAACCUUCAGCUCAUGCAGAUAUGUAUCUUUUGUAGUUGACUGACGUAUUUGGAUGACACCGAGUCUUUUACCGGUGGUUCUCAUCUGGACAUAAUUUAUGUUUCAUGCCAACAGCUCGUUAAAUUCCUUAUUA